GUUGAUAUCAGUAUGCUAAUAAUAGUACUUACUCGUACAUCAUGUCGUGAACCACAGCAGAUGUUUGAGUUUGUACAAUAGUUCAACGCUAGGUUUUUAGGAAAAACCUGUUUUUGUCCGACAAAGGUCCAGCUCGAAUAGUCGUCUGAGAGAUGUUGUAACGGGUAACUAAACAAGUGUUCACUCAUAAUGUUAUUCACAAACUGUUUAUUAGUGAUUUUAUCACUGUUUUCUCACCGUCUAGUACAAUGCCUUGAAAAUACGUGUACAUUAGAUAAUGGUAAUACCGGACAGUGUGUACGGAUUGAGAAUUGUCCCAGCGCAAUCGCACAAGUGCGUAAUAAAAAAAACAUGCCGAAAAGGUGUCGUUUUGAUGGAAAACAUCCAAUUGUGUGCUGUGAAAUAAAAGAAGACUUACAAAAAUUGCCUCCUGGUACAAUUAGUAAACAAAAAUGUGAGGAGUAUUAUCCAGCUAUCCAGCAACCAGUUCUCAUUCCUCUUAAACCAAUUCCUUUACCUUUACCUGCCGUCACUGAAGCACCAAGUGAAUUUUCUUCAGCACCACCAGCACCGGAAGUUGUAGGUGGAAUCGAUGCUCCACCACUAACAUUUACACAUAUGGCUGCGCUUGGUUAUGGAGAUUAUCCAGAUAUUUCCUGGGCAUGUGGAGGAAGUCUUAUCAGUGAAAAAUAUGUUUUAACAGCUGCACACUGCACUAAAACAUUAACUGGUGACGUGAAAUAUGUCCGUUUAGGUGAUUUAAAUAUUAAUAGUACAACCAAUAACGCUGAAACACAACGUUUCAACGUCUCUAAAAUCAUUAACCAUCCGGAUUACAAAGCACCUUCCGUUUAUAAUGAUAUUGCACUGCUUGAGCUUUCCAGGCGAGCACGUUUCAAUCUCUAUGUAUUUCCAAUAUGUCUUUACACUAAUCCAGAAAUACCGAAGAAAGACUGGAUAGCAACCGGAUGGGGAAAUUUGAGAUUCCUUGGUGAACGAGCUCAUCACCUUCAACAAGUGACCAUCCACGAAUCCUCCAAUGAAACUUGUAAAGAUGCUUACGCUUCAACAACAAAAAGAAGACUGAAGAAUGGUAUUGAUUUCAAAACACAACUGUGUGCAGGGGCAUUAAAUAAGGAUACUUGUCAAGGGGAUUCUGGUGGACCACUGCAAAUUAAUAAUGCUGCUGGGGGUUUUAGCUUAAUUGGAAUUACAUCGUUUGGAAAAGCUUGUGGAAUUGGUAAUACCCCAGCUGUAUAUACCAGGGUUUCACAUUAUGUUGGUUGGAUUGAAUCAAUUGUUUGGGCAUAAAACUGCUUGGGAAUUUUUUAUUGUUGCUCGUACUAUUACAUAAUUUUAUAGCUCAAAUGCCACUGAGACGUACAAUGAAUGCAAAAAUAAGCAAAAUAAAAAUGCAAUAAACAUAUAAAUAUAAAAA